AGUGGUGGAGCCCUGCUGAGAAUCAAGUGUAUCGAUAGCGGGAAGCUACGUAAACGACUGCCUCUGCAUGAGUCACAUUGUCUUUUCUGGCUUGCAUUAAAGCCCUCAACAGAAUACGGAGUGAGCAGAAGUCGGCAAAGCUUUAGGAGACACGAUACAAUGGUGAAGCUCGCGACAAUCCAGCAACACAAUGCACAUUUUACCGAAGAACAUCAUGAAGGGGUUGUUUCUGUCUUUGCUGGUGCCACGAGGGGCAUCGGAACCAGCACUCUCGAAAGGAUGGCGACCAUGCUGCACAAAUCAACAUUCUACAUCUUGGGCCGGUCAGCAAAGCGGUUCGGAAGCCAGCUCGAGAAGCUGAAGGACUCGAACCCAAGCUGCAACUUUGUCUUCAUAGAAGCGGACGUUUCGUUGCUCUCCGAUGUAGACGCUGCUUGCAAACAAAUCACCACUUCGGAGAAGAAGGUGGACUAUUUGUAUAUGAGUGCAGGCCUGGUGCCAUUGAACGGACCAGAGUACACGAAAGAAGGUCUUGAGACAUGCUUCGCCCUGUCUUAUUAUGCUAGAAUGAGGAUGGUUUCAAACUUGUUGCCACUCCUCCGUCAGUCACCUAAUCCGCGGGUUCUCAGUGUGCUCAACGGCGGCCGAGAGAAAAAGAUGUACGACGAUGACCUUGGCCUUGAAAAACACUGGGCCGCCUUCACGGUGAUCAAUCAUACUACGACAAUGACCAGCCUGGCCUUUGAGUACUUGGCUCGAAAUGAUCAGAAGAUUGCCUUCUUGCAUGCAUAUCCUGGUUUGGUGCAAACCGACAUCAUCGCGCGCAUGACUGCUCCAGAGUCUUCCGGUAUCAUCUGGAGGGUAACGUUGGCCUCAUUCCGUGGCCUUAUGGCUUUCUUGAUGAUGGUUGUCGGUUUAACGGCGGAGGAGAGUGGCGAGAGACAUGCUUUCCACUUAACCAGCGACACAUACGGGCCAGGCGCCCAUCGUAUCGCUGAGACGAGCGACGAGGUCACCGCUGCUGGUAUCCUCGAACAAUAUAGGGAGCGAGAUUGGCCGGAGAAGGUCUGGGAGCAUACUGUCCGUAUUUUUGACCAGGUUUUGGCCACCAAAUAGUCGUAUCAAGCUGGAUAAAAGCCUCGAAGCUAGGUUCAAUGGUUCAAUCAGGUGGAAGAUUCAGCCAUUUGCCCCAAGCUGGAUGAUUGCUCCAUGUCCGAGUCCUGUUUAUGUUAAUGACUAUCGUUGAAGAAACAAAGGGUGAAGAAGGUGAAAAGGGCCGGACUGUAAAGAAAGGCGGUGGUGGCGAUGGCCAUAGGAAGAGCAGGGAUAGGGGUUGAGUUAUUACUCAGGUAGGUAACUCAUA